CGCGCGAGGGGGGGGGAGCGCGAAGGGAGGAGGGCCUCGCGAAGGAGCCUCGGAGCCGAGGGUACGUCCCGGACGCUACCAACCGCGCGGCCCGCCUGCUCGCCCCGGGGUCUACGCCGAGCCGCUUUCAGGCCUCCCGGCCGCCGCGUCUUCCGCACCGGGCUGGCAGCUCUCAACUGCCCGCGGUUGGCGCGGGGUUAGAAACGAACGCCCGGUGGCCCGAAGUGGCCUCCUGGUCCCCCCGCCUGGACGGCGGAGUGCGGGCGGCCCGGGCUGGGAGGUUUGAAAAGCGGGCGAGAGACAAAGGCAGCAGGAAGCCUCUACGGCACCCGGAACCGGUGCGCGCAGCCCCCGGAUCCCUUCGCGGCCCGCCGGCCUGGAGCGGCGGCGGCUGUGGCAGUGGCAGUGGCAGUGGCAGGAAGCGGAGGAUGCGGCAGGGGGCGUGGGAGCGGCGGCGGCGCGGGCGGAGUGGCGCGGCCCGAGUGCGGCGUGGUUAGACCCCAGGCGGCGGCGGCCCGACCGGCUCGGGAGUGAGUGAAGGGCACCUACCCCGCCCGGGAUGUGAGGACCGAGCGGAGCCCGGGGCGGGGGGAGGGAAGGGAAGGGAGGUGAAGCCGGCAGGAAGGAAGGAAGGACGGACGGACCAGGAGGAGGAGGAGCGGCGGCGGAGGCCGGAGCCGGAAGGCGGGGAGGGGCCGUCCGUUGGGCCCCAGGCGGCGGCGGCCAGAGCCAACUGCUCUCGUCGCCUCCUCCCCCCGGCUCCGCGGAGGGGGGAGGAGGAAGAUGGAGACCCACAUCUCAUGCUUGUUCCCCGAGCUACUGGCUAUGAUCUUCGGCUACCUGGACGUCCGGGACAAGGGGCGCGCGGCGCAGGUGUGCACGGCCUGGCGGGACGCCGCCUACCACAAGUCGGUGUGGCGGGGGGUGGAGGCCAAGCUGCACCUGCGCCGGGCCAACCCGUCGCUGUUCCCCAGCCUGCAGGCCCGGGGCAUCCGCCGGGUGCAGAUCCUGAGCCUCCGCCGCAGCCUCAGCUACGUGAUCCAGGGCAUGGCCAACAUCGAGAGUCUCAACCUGAGCGGCUGCUACAACCUCACCGACAACGGACUGGGCCACGCGUUUGUGCAAGAGAUCAGCUCCCUGCGAGCUCUCAACCUCAGCCUCUGCAAGCAGAUCACCGACAGCAGCCUGGGCCGCAUAGCCCAGUACCUCAAGGGCCUGGAGGUGCUGGAGCUGGGGGGCUGCAGCAACAUCACCAACACCGGACUCCUGCUCAUCGCCUGGGGCCUGCAGCGCCUCAAGAGCCUUAAUCUUCGCAGCUGCCGCCACCUCUCGGAUGUGGGCAUCGGGCACCUGGCCGGCAUGACGCGCAGCGCGGCAGAGGGCUGCCUGGGCCUGGAGCAGCUCACGCUGCAGGACUGCCAGAAGCUCACCGAUCUUUCUUUAAAGCACAUUUCUCGGGGGUUGACGGGCCUGAGGCUCCUCAACCUCAGCUUCUGCGGAGGCAUCUCGGACGCCGGCCUCUUGCACCUGUCGCACAUGGGCAGCCUCCGCAGCCUUAACCUGCGUUCCUGCGACAACAUUAGUGACACGGGCAUCAUGCAUCUGGCUAUGGGCAGCCUGCGCCUCUCGGGGCUGGAUGUGUCGUUCUGUGACAAAGUAGGGGACCAGAGUCUGGCUUACAUAGCGCAGGGGCUGGAUGGCCUCAAGUCUCUCUCCCUCUGCUCCUGCCACAUCAGCGAUGAUGGCAUCAACCGCAUGGUGCGGCAAAUGCAUGGGCUGCGCACGCUCAACAUUGGGCAGUGUGUGCGCAUCACCGACAAGGGCCUGGAGCUGAUUGCUGAACACCUGAGCCAGCUCACUGGCAUAGACCUGUAUGGCUGUACCCGAAUCACCAAGCGCGGCCUGGAGCGCAUCACACAGCUGCCCUGCCUCAAGAAUCCUCCACAGCAACAUUCGAGACCAUGGAGUUAAAGAAACCCAGAGACCUUUAUCAAUUAAUUGUACUGUUUGUGAAUUUGUAUAAAUAAUAACAAAGAUCCUCUUAAAACGUUUAUAUUCUUACAGUAAAAGGUUAAACUGAUAUUUAUAUAAUAAAAGAGGAAAUAUGAAGUAUGUUUUUGAAAAAAAAACAAAAAAACAAAGAACAAACAAACAAGCCAAACCUUGUUAUCUGUGAAUUAUUUUGAAUGCAGAAUGUGUUUGGGUGUGUGCCCAAGUCGGAGGUGCUUCCCAUGCGCCUUGCAGAGAGAGGAGAUGGGCUGCCUGCGCCCUGCGUGCUGUGCGUGUGCUCACAGUUUAAGAUUCAUUCUGUGCGAGGCUUACUACCAAAUGUUUUGUUGCUAGAAAUGUGGCUAGAUAGCAGAUUCCUGUAAUUUCUGGUUUCUAGCUAUCAAAAAAAAAAAAGGAAAUUUAAAGGAAUUGAACAAAAUGAAGCUUUUUUAAAAACCA